AUGCGAUUCUCCUUGGCUGUCGGCCUCGCGGCCCUCGCCGCCACCGCAAAUGCCCAGAGUGCUGAUUCGUCAGCUGGUUCCAAUGCCACUCCCGGCUCCAGUGCGACUAGCACAACACCCAGCGCGACAGCAACACCGCCUUCCACCACCGACACUGGCUCCGACAGUACCACGAUCGUCACCACGACCGUUACCGGCGAUGCCAAGUCCACCAGCACCACCACAGUCGCCGGCUCGACCAGGGUCAGCGUUCUGACCAGCACAAGUACUGUCUUCUCCACCAUCACCGUCACGAGCAGCGAUAGCGAUGUCGCCACAAGGACCGUCUGGGAGACCACAACAGUUCAGAUUGACAGGCGUAGCAUUCCUCCUGCUACUGCCGCUCCCGCUCCCGCACCUGCCCUCGUCUCCCCUGUGGCAAAGCGUGCCGUCAAGACCUCGACUACUACGGUGACCGUCCACCCCUCCGUUAGCGUCGUCACCGUCACCAACGACGUCGUCUCUACCUCCGUCGCAACAACUACCGUCACCAGCACCGACACCGAGACGGCCCAGGCCAACGCCAAGUCGACUACCACCGUCACCAGCACCAAGACCGUCUCUGCCCUUAUCGUCACCCAGACCUUGAGCAGCACCCAGUCCUCCCCGACCGGCAGUCCUUCAACCGGAGGUGGCGGCGGCGGCGGUGGUGGUGGUGGCGGCGGUGGUAGCGGAGGACUCUCUACCGGUGCCAAGGCUGGUAUCGGCGCUGGCGUUGGUGUCGCCGCCCUCGCCAUCAUUGGCGCUGCCCUGUUCUUCUGCUGCAGACGUCGCAACCGCUCUCCCAAGCCCGACCCCGACAUGAUGGCCGGUGCCUCGGAGGUACCUGUCGGUGGAAGACGCCCCAUGUCCCACGACUCUGCCACCGCCUUCCGCCAAGCACCCGCUCGCACCCCCGUUCUGGCCGCCGAAGGUUACCGCGGAACUGCCAUGGGCGACGGCAGAGCUGGAUAUGCUAAGCCCGAGUCCUACGGGUCCAGCUACGGCCCGAGCCGAAGCACCACCACAACCGUUCCCCCCGCCAGAACCAGUGGUGGUGCCGAUGUUCUCCCCGAGCACCCCUCGCCGGGCUCGGAACACGUCAUGGCUGCCGUCCCCAACAUGGUCUCACCGACCGUCCCUAGCGUCUCCCCGCCACCGACCAAGGGGAUGGCAGUCACCCCGCCUCCGACAUUUGCCCAUGAGCUGGGCACAGACAACAACUUGGCUGCCAACAAAUGGCACAGUGAAUCGGCGGCCGAGAUUGACAGCCAUCCUGUCAUGGGGCACCAGAGCGGGCCUGUUUACGAAAUGCCGACGGAGAAUUACCGAUGA